AUUGGUUAGUAAGACAAGGCCUUUUAUGAAGAUUAAAUGUAGCUAAGUGACUGCGCAGUCUGCAAAAUAGCUACUUUUUGCCUGUUAAAACUGACAUUUUUCCAAUUUAGCAUUCUUUCCACCCUUAUUGAAACACCCAAUGUGUAACACAUGUCCUCAAAAAGAAAAAAAUCUAACUGCUGGAAUUUCCUUGAUAAGACAUCUGGGACUUGCAAUCUGUUUUUUUUUAUCUCCUCUCACACUCACAGUUAGAAAAAUGUCAGUUGCUUAAACAGCAGGUGUCUUUGACUUGGUCAUCCUCCAGAGAGAACAGGUUGCACAGCUGUCUGGCAUACACACAUACUGUGUGCACACACACAAAGGCAAGGAACCAGGGCAAAAGAGGCACUCAAUGAGAGAUGGCAAACAUGGACUCUGGGUUCUUGUCGGACAGUUCUGGCAGUGGGAUGCCCCUGCUGUGUCCUUUGUAUGUGCAAGUGGACCAAACAAAAGCUUACUGAGAAAUCUCUGGGAAGCCUAAGCUGUUGGAAAGGAAUGGCCCCUCUCCCUUGGGACUCAGUCCUUGAGUCUUGAUCAGUCACCAGAGGGGCUGAUGAGCAGGGGGCCUAGACACAGAGGGCGGACAGGAUCUCAAUCACUCUUGACCUCACUUGUUUCAAUAAACUCUAUUAGCUGAACACAGACAGGCCAUAGGCUUGUCAUUGUUGCUGAUGUGUUAUGUAAUAAAUCAAACUAAUUGCCCCAGUUGGCCUUUCCAGCCUCAGGCUGCAAGUCUUGUUCUAAUCUCUUUCUCAAUUCAGGAAAUGACAAAAUAUUUAAAUAUACUGUAUAAGCUGUCUUUUUUUAAAUCAAAAAUCAUUUUAAUUGUGUGCCAAAUGAGAAAGUGCAGACAGAAGCAACGUUACAGCUUCUAAAAUAAAAGCUGAAGUUAUUUUUAUCGAGUAGAAAUAAUGAAAACAUCAAGUGUGUGUGUUUCCCCCUAUAAGAAGGCGGAGUUUUCUCCCCAGGGUCCUGAGCCAAACUGGUGUUAUGUAACGAAUACAUUGCUUUUCAUCCUGAUGUAGCCUAGCUACUCCAAAGUUUACAGGCAGCCUCUUCGACUUAAGUCCGUUCUGAGAACAUGGAAUAUCCAAUAAUUCAGCGGUGUGUCUGCACACCAGGAGUCCAGUGUUAGGAAAACGGGCUUCUAUUUAGCCAAAGACCAGUCUUAAAGCCUUAACCCUAGUAAACAUUUAAACUUAAACACUGACAAGGAUGAUGUCUUUGCUGGUUAAUGUUCAACUCUGCUGCGCCUGAAGGGACAUUUGAAAAUAAACUUUGCAUUUUGAUUUUUAAGAGACGAGCAGACGGACAUGGGCAGCGGUACAAGCCGAGGGAAGAAAGUUGCACCUGCGUGUGUCAGCGAGGUGAACAUGUCCAAAACAACGGUGACUGCUUCCAAACAGGACAGCCAUCCAUUCAAGCCCCUCAGAAUCCAUGCAAUUUUACGCAACGCGCGCAACCGUGCGCCACCCGACCGCCACGGCGAGGGACACGACUCUGACUUUUCGAGGGAAGGCGACAGUAUUGAUAGAGAUCUGGACACCGUUCUUGCAGAUUAUGAGAAGGAGAAGGUUUCUGCGAAGAAAACCGCUCCCAUGAAGACUAUUAUGAAAUCCAAAACAUAUGGACUGUGUCAUUUCAGCCGGGAGGACACUGAGGAGGACGUCCCUUCAACUCCUCGGCUGAGAGAGCCAGAGAGAGCCGAGGAGCCACGUGGCUCACGCAGUGGACCUGGAGAUGUAAACAAGAGAAAUAACGAUGCUUUCACACACUUUAAAACACACACAUCUGAGUGCACCAGUCAUCACAAUAGCUUUUUGUCAAGAGGGACUUUGUUGGAAGCUGUACCCACAUCAGAAAAACAAUCGCAACCCAGGAGGUUUGGCAGCUGCCAUAGCUCCUCUCUUACUAUGCCAGUCAUCCUGUACGAUGGAUCAGAAGAGGAGCUGAUGGACACUAUUGAGAGAGAGUUUAGUUGACCCCCCUAGCUAAAUGCUCCAGUAAAGAUACUGUCCUUUCCUGUCACCUUCCUGAGACUCAGCAGUUUUCAGAAGAAAUUUUUAACCCUUGUGUUCUGUUCAGAAUCAUAAGAAAGAAUCAAGGUUUAUUGACAAGUAUGAGAAGGCUACUUCUGUGUUUCCUGGAUAAAUGUAACAUGGCUUGUGUUUGGCAUAAACACCUACAUUCCAGGCCUUUACCCAAGUCUUACUACACCGUGUAAUGUUAUAAUACCAGCUUGAGCAGAUGCCAGGAGGUUCUCCUGACACAGACCAGAGCUGUUAACACAAAGGCCUCCAUGGUUUUUUUUAUCUGCAGUGUUGAGGUCUCACUGUCUCCCCCUUAGUGCUGCUGGGCUUAUUUGUUACCUAUUACUUACUUUAACUUGUCUGUUAAUAUGUGAAGGAGAGAAUACCGACAUUGCUCAAACUAAGCUGUUUCAGCAACAAAGGCACAUUUUUAAAGCCCUGUGGCUACAGGUAUAUGCAAUAAAAACAUUUCUACUAGCAGCUUUGUGCAGACAGAGUGCUGUAUAGGCUUAUAGUUUUGGGGCAACCCUGCCAAAGUAUGAGCUGGGAUUGUUUAUUUAAGCAUUCCUCCAAACCACAGUUCCUAUACUUCUCCACCCUUGUGAAGAAGGAAUGUGUGGCAACAGAGAUACUUUCAGUCGGGCUGCGUUUGACCCAGCUACAUUUCUGCUGAUGCCAACUUUGAGCCAAAUUCAAACAUAAAGCUCUGCUGCCAUCUAGUGGUGGAGCCGAGCGGUGGAGUGCAUGUAUGUGAACAUUCAUGUGAAUACUAGGCUGCAAACCAUACUCGUUACUAACAAAAGAUGUAUUUCAACCCGAAAUGUAGAAAAAUAAUUUUGUAAUUUUGUUUUAUAUUGCAAAUAAAGAUUU